CUGAUAAAGAUAUUCGUAGUGGAAACAUUUUUUCUGUUCUUCUCAGUCAAUAGAAGAAGAAUUAGUAUAGAAUCAAAUGUUCCGGAGUAAUGAUACAAAAUUUCUUCGUGCUAGUUUUGCAAUCAAUUGGAAAUAAAAAAAAAAACUGCAUUCAUUCUUCAUGAAUCAAUGGUAGUCCGUAUCAUUUAAGCAUACAGCAACAGUGGAACAAAAUAUGUGGUUUUUUAGUUUAUUUGUGGCAUUUGUGUUAAUUCCGUUUUUAAUUCAUUUAAAUAAAACCUACCAUGUUUUGGCGUUUUUCCCAAAACGAAUUCGCACCAUAAAUGGGGAAGAUGUUGAAAGAAUUCUCCCAACUUUGCCUGGAACGACAAUAUUUGGAAAUACCUUUGACACUCUAGGCUUAGACUUUGUGCAAACAUUUAAAUUUUUUCGCCAUAAUGCGGCGAUAAUGAAAACCAGUUAUGUCACAUAUAUGGGAGGAAAAACCCUCCUAAAUGUCAUAGAUGCAGAUUUGGCCGAAAUGAUUAUGACCAAUACCAAAUUGAUAACCAAAGGUUUUUUCUAUAAAUUCAUACAACCUGCUUUGGGAGAGGGUCUGCUCAUAUCGGCGGGUGAGAAAUGGUUUGGAAGACGUAAAAUGCUAACACCAGCCUUCCAUUUCAAUAUAUUGAUGCAAUUUCAGGAAAUUUUUAAAGAAGAGAGUCUUAAAUUUGUGAAGCAACUACAGAACUCAGAAGGUGAAGAGAUUGAACUGGAUAAGCAUACACAAAAAUUCUCUUUAGAUGUUAUAUGUGAAACUGCUUUGGGUGUUAAAUUGGACGAAUGCCUGAAUGGCGAGCAAUACCGUAAAAACAUAUAUGUUUUCGAGGAAUCCUUUAACAAGCGAUCUCAAUAUCCUUAUCUAUGGAAUGAUUUUGUCUAUAAAACCUUGGAAGAAUAUAAAUAUCGGCCUGCACUCAAGAUAGUUCAUGAUUUCUCCAGUGACAUUAUCAAAAAGAAAAGACAAAUUUUUACUCAAGAAUUCCAAAGUGGUCAAACUCACGAAGAGCAGAUAUAUCAGAAGAAACGUUAUGCCAUGUUGGACACAUUGCUGCGUGCCGAACAGGAGGGCCUUAUAGACCAUGCGGGAAUAUGUGAAGAAGUGGACACCUUUAUGUUUGAAGGAUUCGAUACGGCCUCUAUGAGUUUGAUGUUUUGUCUCAUGAACUUGUCGUUGUAUCCUGAAAUGCAGCAACGCUGUUAUGAAGAAAUUCUAGAAGAAAUAGAUCCGGAUCUCAGCACCUUGGAUAUUGCACAGCUGAAUAAACUGAAAUAUCUGGAUUGCUUUUUCAAGGAGUCUAUGCGAAUGUACUCUACCGUCCCACUGGUAAUGCGAACAGCUGUGGAAGAGACGCAACUACCAAAUGGUUUGAUAUUACCUGCCAAUUCAUCGAUCAUGUUGCAUAUAUUUGACUUACAUCGAAAUCCCAAAUACUUUGCUAAGCCUGAUGUAUUUAACCCGGAUAGAUUUUUGCCCGAGAACUCUGUGGGUCGUCAUCCUUAUGCCUUUGUACCAUUUAGUGCCGGGCAAAGAAAUUGCAUAGGACAAAAAUACACCAUGUUGGAGAUGAAGACACUUGUGGUAUUUAUUCUCAAGAGCUUUAAAAUUUUACCGGCUGUAAAUCCUGAAACAUUACAAUUCAAAUCUGGAAUUAUUAUUAGAACUAAAAAUGAUGUCAAGGCAAAAUUUAUUAAAAGACUUUGAA